AUGGCGCCACCCGCCAUGGCGUUCCAAGUCCUCACCCUCACGCCACUCCCCCUCUCUCUCCCCAGCUCGAACCGCCGAUUUCGCGUCCGCGUCCUCGCCGUCGCGGCCGACCAGACCCCUCCGCCGCCGCCGGUGCCCCCUUCGGAGCCGGCGAACAGCCCUAGCCGCCUCCUCCGGGAGCUCGCGCAGCGGAAGAAGGCCGUAUCCCCCAAGAAGAAGCACCCGCCGCGCCGGUUCAUCCUCAAGCCUCCGCUCGACGACGAGCGCCUCACCCGGCGUUUCCUCAGCAGCCCGCAGUUGUCACUCAAGGCGCUCCCGCUGCUCUCCUCAUGCCUCCCCUCCGCGCCGCUCUCCACCGCCGACAGGACCUGGAUGGACGAGUACCUCCUCGAGGCCAAGCAGGCGCUCGGGUACCCGCUCGCGCCCUCGGAGACGCUCGGCGAAGGUGAUGACUGCCCCGCCCGUCAUUUCGAUGUGCUGCUCUACCUCGCGUUCCAGCAUCUGGACCCCUCCUGCGAGCGCACGCGGACGCGGCACGUCCGGAACGGCCACUCCAGGCUCUGGUUCCUGGGCCAGUACGUCCUGGAGCUCGCGUUCUGUGAGUUCUUCUUGCAGAGGUACCCGAGGGAAUCACCCGGGCCGAUGAGGGAGCGGGUGUUCGCUCUGAUUGGGAAGAAGGUGUUGCCCAAAUGGCUCAAGGCGGCCAGCCUGCACAACUUGGUGUUCCCUUAUGAUGAUUUGGAUAAGAUGAUACGCAAGGACCGGGAGCCGCCAUCCAAGGCUGUAUUCUGGGCAUUAUUUGGGGCUAUAUAUUUGUGCUUUGGGAUGCCCGAAGUCUAUCGAGUCCUUUUUGAGGCAUUUGGGAUGGACCCUGAUGAUGAGAGCUGUCAGCCAAAAUUGAGGCGCCAACUAGAAGAUGUUGAUUAUGUCUCAGUGGAGUUUGAAAAGAGACAACUCACAUGGCAGGAUGUUGCUGCCUACAGGCCACCACCAGAUGCCCUUUUCGCUCAUCCGAGGCUUUUCCGAGCUUGUGUGCCACCAGGCAUGCAUCGUUUCAGAGGAAACAUUUGGGAUUUUGACAGUAGACCCAAGGUCAUGAACACCCUAGGAUAUCCCUUGCCCAUGAAUGACAGAAUUCCUGAAAUCACAGAAGCAAGGAAUAUAGAGCUUGGACUUGGUCUACAGCUCUGCUUUUUGCACCCGUCAAAACAUAAGUUUGAGCAUCCAAGAUUCUGUUUUGAGCGACUCGAAUAUGUUGGCCAGAAGAUUCAGGAUCUUGUGCUGGCUGAGAGGCUGCUCAUGAAGCAUCUAGAUGCACCAGGCAGGUGGUUGGCGGAGAAGCAUAGGAGGAUGUUGAUGAACAAGUAUUGCGGACGAUACCUGCGGGACAAGCACCUGCACCACUACGUUAUCUAUGGGGAAUCGGUGCAAGAGAAAUUUGAACACAACCGACGUCUCAGGAAUCCUUCAACAACCUCUGUCCAGCAAGCGUUACACGGGCUUGCAUACUGUGUGUAUGGCAAACCUGACGUGCGGCGCUUGAUGUUUGAGGUGUUUGACUUCGAACAGGUUCAGCCGAAAGCAGUAUGAGGAUGUUCGCCAUGGUAUUGAUGCCGAGUUGCUGACCAACAACACCGCCAGUGGCAGGGGUAAAAAUACUGCAGCCUCAACAGGAGAUCUUUCCAUUCUGAAGCCUGAGACUCGAGCUGGGAGCCUAGAACGGCAGAUGAGCCAGUGGGGAUCUGGUCUCCUGAGCUGAAUCCGUCACUUCCCAGCCAAUUGUCCGUCUGAGAUGGUUAGAAUAGAGAUGUUGCGAAUCGACUGCAGCAUUUUGGAGUUGCAGCUUUGAAAAUUGGUUGUAAAAUAUUAUUUGAUCAGGAAUGCAAAUAGGAGCAGCAUCAGCAACAUGACAGAUUCGUUUCCUGUCAGAAUUUUAAUUUGUAACCGAGAAGCAGAGCGCAGAGAGAAGGAUAAUACACGCAUACAGUUUCAUCGGCCAUUUUUUGUGCGUGUAUUUAUGCAGAUAAUUCAGUUGCGGCUA